GGGGCUCUCCACCCUGAUACUGUCGGGACCGCGAGCCAGCCCUCUCCGCGCCGCCUCCACGUCCACGGGCAGGGUGCCGAUGAGAACGUAGAAGAAAAAUUUCUUUUAUAUAUAGAAUGCUUCAACCACUGAUAAGGAUUGCCCGUGAAGAAAACGGGGUAUUUCUCUGAGGCUAUAUCCUGCCUGCCUUGAUUGUCAUUUCUUGAAGUAAUAUAAAUCAGGAUGUCUGCACAGUCAGUGGAAGAAGAUUCGAUACUUAUCAUCCCAACUCCAGAUGAAGAGGAAAAAAUUCUGAGAGUGAAGCUGGAGGAGGAUCCUGAUGGUGAAGAGGGAUCAAGUAUCCCCUGGAACCAUCUCCCUGACCCAGAGGUUUUCCGACAGCGAUUCAGGCAGUUCGGGUACCAGGAUUCACCUGGGCCCCGUGAAGCUGUGAGCCAGCUUCGAGAACUUUGCCGUCUAUGGCUCAGGCCAGAGACACACACAAAAGAACAAAUCUUGGAGCUGGUAGUGCUGGAGCAGUUCGUUGCCAUCCUACCCAAGGAACUGCAGACUUGGGUUCGCGAGCAUCAUCCAGAGAAUGGAGAGGAGGCAGUGACGGUGCUGGAGGAUUUAGAGAGUGAACUAGAUGACCCUGGACAGCCGGUUUCUCUCCGUCGACGAAAACGGGAAGUGCUGGUAGAAGAGAUUGUAUCUCAGGAAGAUGCUCAGGGAUUACCAAGUUCUGAGCUUGAUGCUGUGGAAAACCGGCUCAAGUGGGCAUCCUGGGAGCUCCAUUCCCUAAGGCACAGUGAUGAUGAUGUUAGGACUGAAAAUGGAGCAUUAGCUCCAAAGCAGGAGAUUCCUUCAGCAGUAGAAUCUCAUGAAGUUCCUGGCACACUCAAUAUAGGCGUUCCUCAGAUUUUUAAAUAUGGAGAAGCCUGUUUCCCUAAAGGCAGGUUUGAAAGAAAGAGAAAUCCUUCUAGAAAGAAACAACAUAUAUGUGAUGAAUGUGGAAAACACUUCAGUCAGGGCUCAGCCCUUAUUCUUCAUCAAAGAAUCCACAGUGGAGAGAAACCCUACGGAUGUGUUGAAUGUGGGAAGGCAUUCAGCAGAAGUUCUAUCCUUGUGCAACACCAGAGAGUCCAUACUGGAGAAAAACCUUAUAAAUGUCUUGAAUGCGGGAAAGCCUUUAGCCAGAAUUCUGGGCUUAUUAAUCAUCAGAGAAUCCAUACUGGGGAGAAACCUUAUGAAUGCGUUCAGUGUGGGAAAUCCUAUAGUCAAAGUUCAAAUCUUUUUAGACAUCAGCGAAGACACAAUGCAGAAAAACUUCUGAAUGUUGUGAAAGUUUAAGAAAUUAAAAAAAGUCAGCACUCAGGUCUUUUUCUUCAGAAAUGAAGACAAAAUUAAAAACAUGGAAUGAGACAUAAUAGUUUGGUUCCCCUAUAGGUGUUAGAAAAAUCCACUGAGAAAUGUAGAAAAUUGUCACCCACCAUUAUUAUUUUAUCUUGAAAGAAAUGGUGUCAUACCUGCCUAGAAUCUGAAAUUUUAAACUUAAUUCACAUGUAAAUGCCUAAAUCUUCCAUGUGAUGUUUAUAUUAUUUUUUCUAAAUAAUGAUCUACUUGAUUCUUUGUCUCUUUCUGAAAAUUUUCUUUUUUAGACAGAUACAUUAGUUCUGUGUUGAUCAUUGAAAUGUUCUUUGCAAGGAUACAUUCCUUUCUACAUUAAAAGGCAACAGGAAUUAUGAAGUCUGAAAACCGAAACCAUCUUUUCAAAAUUCACUCUUUUUCUUUUUACCCAACUUGGAUAUGCAUUUCAGAAAAUAGAAGACAAAGGAUGACUAAAAGCUUCAAAGUAAAAUUAGAAGUGAUGGUGAUAAAACAUCAAAAAAUGAAUGGGACACUAAGAUUGGGAAAUCUAUAAAAAUACUUUGAUCCAAGAAUUGAAGGCUGUCAAGAAUUUAUCUAGAUGUAAUUAUCUGCCUGUAGGAAAAUAAAAAACUGUGCAUCCUAUCUGUAAUUGGGAGGCAUCCCACUAAUGAAAAUAAUAUUUUUCCAUGUAUCAUUAAAAAGUGGGCAGUCUAAAUAAUCGUGAACUGUGAAAGUAGAAAUAACACGGGGAGAAUUUGCAGUGAAUGACAAUGUUGAAGGGCAAAUGUAAAAGGGUAAUGGUCUAUCUUGGCUUUUAGAAAACAAAAAAGACUUGAAGAUCCAAUUCAUUAUUAUUUUGCUUUUGUUUUUGUUAAGGACAGACAAAUUCCUGACCAGGUGGGUAACAAGUAUCAGGUUUGCUAUUUUAUUUUUUUGGUAAAAGAGUUGAACACCAGGCUAACAAAGCAGCCGUGUAUUCAUUUAUUAUUAAACAGUUUCUACCGACAAGGCACUGUGCUAGGUACUGUAACCCUACCAUAAGUAGGUAGGUAAUUCUUCCACUGUAAAUUAUUGGGGGAUUGGUACAAAGCUGUUUCUUGUGAGUUAGCCUCUCGCCCACUUCUGAGCAGUCCUGGGGAGAGGUCAGCUCUGAAGUUCCCAGAGCCAUAGUUCUCUUACCAGGGUGUUAUAUUUGGGGGAAAGGAUGACUCAGCUCAAAUAGCUAACAACCAUCUCUCUAGCAUUCUUCAGAGGUGAUUCCAAAAUUCUAUCACAGUUUGGAGGUUCAUGGGUUUUUAAAAAACUAAUCAAUCUCUAGUAGCAUUGAGGUUAUACUUACAUGUUAAGUUGAAUUAAUUGUUCUAUUUAAAAAAUAAACGACUAGGUUAUUAACAACUAGUUUAUUAACUAUCAGAAUUGAUUGAACUAUUUUUUUUAAUUUUAAGUCUUAACACAUUUUUAAAAAUGUAUAAAAGUAAUACAUUGUAGUAGUAGGAUUAUAUACUCCUUGGCUGAGAAUCCCAGGUACUGUGAUUCUACUGUUUAGUGGAAAACUCUGGAAGUUAAAAUAUAGAAUAUGAGAAAAGGCUUUUUUAUAGUGGGCAUCAUUAUGUAGAAAAUGACCCAUGUGAAUAAAUAUUUCAUAGUUCCAGAGAUUUUUGGUUACAACUGGUGCUUGGAUCAAAUUUGAAAAAUGGAAGGUGAAAUUUGCAUGAGCCUGUUAAAAUGCAUAGUAAUAAAUGCAAGGCCAGCUGGUGGAGAAGUAAGGCAGAAUGGAGUUUGUUUAUAGAUUUUCUGAUAAUUAUAAGAAAUGUGCUUUAUAGAUUAAGAUUUAUUGAAGUAUAAAUAUGUAGUAAUGAUAAUAAUGUAUUUUAAGUUAUACAAGAAAAUGUAGGGACUUUUGUUUGGGUCUUUUUCGCUGGCUGAGAGGAAACAAGUCAAUGUCCAAUAAAGGUAUAGAUUCCUCUGCUCUAAGAUAAAAUGAUCUUGAGUUGAUUGAUUGAUCGAUUACUGGCUUCUUUCCAAGUAGGCUUUGAGGUAGCAUAUUUGGAAUUCUGCUGGGAUGACAGAAUUCUUAUAUCCGAGUAGAUAAGAGGGGAUCAAGCUCUCAGUGGCUGAAAUUUCAUGCUUUUUAAAGAUUCUGUAUCUUUUCUCUAUACGAAGAAGCUUCCACGUGGUAGAUUUGUCUUAAAUGCCAAAGAUGUUUGGUAUAAUGAGAGUUUAGAAAAAGUAUUAGAGUUGGCAAAUAUGUGUUUGUCUUGCCAGCUCUGAUACCUAUGGGUUGUUUAGAAAGGAUUCUGAGGCUAAGGCAAGGUUCUGUGGGAAAAAUGGCUGGAUCCAAAAAGACUGGAUGAUGGUACACAGGGAAAGGAAGUGGUCUGUGUGUUCGCUGUUUCUGAUUAGGUUGUAUCCCCAGUAGAGAAACUGAUUUAAAAUAACUAUUCAGUGAUUUAUGAUUUCAUCUGUACAUUUAUUUAUACCCACACAGCAGUUCUGGAGGCUGCACAGCUUCUGAUGAAGUGAUCUAGCAGUUGUCCAGCAUUGGCAUCUGUUUGGUUAGCAAACAAGCAGUCAGUGUUAAUGGCACACAGACUGCUGAUACCUACCCAGUAGCCACUGAGCAUUUGCUCAUUACUGAUCAAGUUUUCUUCUGGUUUUCUUGGAGGUUAAGCUCCUACGUUCACACCCAGUUGGCACUUGGUCAUUUAGCCAGUAUGUCUACCACAUCUAUGUAAGUUGAAGGGAGGGUUAUAUGUAUUGAGAUAAUCUGCAUGCCAGGCAUCAGAUUAGACACUAUCCUGAUUUCACUUAGAUUUGUAGACUAGAAAAGCAGGAUUCAGAGAUCGUGUCACUUGCAUGUGACCAAGUAGGGCUAAAACUGAAACUUAGUUCUGUGAACUCUACAGACAUAAAUUUUUCCACAAUGCCAUGAGCUGUGGCUGUUAAACCUUGACAUUAGGUUUUAUCUUUUAUGGUUCAGGUGUUUUUAUCUUUUAUAGUUAACAAAUGUGAAAGCUAUUAAACUUGCUCAUUAAUAUUUUCUAUAGCACAGAAUAUAAAGUGAGAAGGACAUUCCUUUUCAUAGUCCUACUCAGAAGUAAGAAAUACUCGGUUUGUUAUUCUUCCAAACCUAGGCAUACACAAAUUUAAACAAACGUGUUAAUAGCCCACAUUUGUGGUUCCUGUAAAGACACUAUUUGAAGUGCUUUACCAUGGAUUAACUUAAUACAGCACCCAUGUGACGUAGGUACAUAUCCCCAUUUCUCAUGUACUACUCUGAAAUUUUCCUCUCCUCUUUCCCAGUUUGAUACAGACAUUUUCAUGGCUACAUAUACUAUUCUAUUGCAUGAAUAUACUGUAAUCAACCCAUGGAUAAUUUGGUUCUUUCCUUUUUUAAAAAAUUAUACAUAAAGGUAUAGUUAAGAUCCUUGUACAUAUAUUUUGCUGCCUGUGUGGGUAUUUCUGUAGGAAAUUUAUCAAUACAAGUGACUUUUUGGGGUCAGGGAAUGUGCACAUUCAGCAUUUUAAGAGAUGCCGCCUAAAAGAUUACCAAUUUACAGCAAUUUACAACUCCAUCAAUAGUAAGAGUGCCUGUUGGCUGGCCUACACUCCCACCGAUCCUGAAUCCUUAAAUAUUUUUGCCAAUCUGAUAGGCAAAAUUUAUUUCCUUUCUUUGAUUAUUAGGAACAUUUCUUCAUAUGUUUAUUGGCUAUUUGCAUUUCCUGUUGUGAAUUGUGUUUGCCCAUUUUUCUUUAAUUAUGAAAGUAUAAAUGACUACUAGCUCAUUGUACAAAAUGUAAAUGAUACACACAGGUAUAAGAACAAAGAGAACCUUUUCUCCAGCACUUCCAAUCACAUUCCACUUUCCACAGUUUAGUAUACAUCCAUCUAGUCCCCUUUCCAUACAUUUCCAUAUGAAUAUGCAUAAACAUAUAAAGCUAUUUUUACAUAAACAGGAUUAUAUAUGUACUGUUCUGUAGCUCCCCCCACCCCUUUUUGUCUUAAAAACCUAUCCUGAGGUCUUUAAAUUUCUUUCAUGGUUGAAUAGGAUUCAGUAUUAUAAAAAUACCAUUGUUGAAAAUUUCCCUCAUUUUCUCUCUCUUGCUGUUACAUUGCCAAAGUAAAUCUUUUUUCAUAUAUCUUUGUACAUGUGUGUGAAUAUUUCUUUAGGAUGGAGUUGUAUAAGGUGGAUUGUUGGAUCAAAGGGUGUGUUCUCUGAUAGACCCACCUUAGCCUUCCUAAAGGCCUUUAUAACUUUGUAUUUUACCAACUGUAUGGAAAAUGCUCAUUUUCCCACAUAGCCUUACCUACAUGUGAUCAUUUUAUCUGAUGAGAAGAAAAAAAAAUCCUUAAUUGCAUUUCCCUGAUUAAUAGUGAGGUUGAGGUUAUUUUCAUAUGUUUAUUGGCCAUUUAUAGUUUUACCAUGGAUUGUUUGUUCAUAUCCUUUACCUGCUUUCCAUUUGGGUUAUAUGUGGACAUAUGUUGUUCUUGUUUGUUCAUCUCUUUUCCCGCCUCUGGUAACAGAACCCUUAUUUAUUAUGGGGAACCCAUUCCCUAUGGCUUAGGUGAAUACAUGACCAGGUCUGGCCUUCCUGAGUUCUGCAGCUCCUUAGCUGCAAUGAUUAAAGAAUAGGCAUGUAACUCAAGCCUGGCUAAAAAGAGCCCUCAACAGAACUUCUGCAGAAACUAUUGAAAAGGCUUUGUGGAGAUCCCACGAACUAAGGACUAUGUAAGCCUGAAUUUGUACCAUGUGGAGAGAGUUUGAGGAGAAACGCAGAGGCUAGCAGAAAGGAAAGAGAACUGAGUUCUGAUGUCAUUUUUCUGGAGGCCCUAGAUCCAGCUGUGCCUAAAGCCUGCCCUACCUCCGGACUUUUAAUGUUUUGUGAGCCAAUAAAGUCCCUUGUUUAAGAUAAUUGAAUUGGGUUUCUGUCCUGAUUAAUAGUUAUUUGUAUUUUCUUACUGAUUUGUAGAAACCUUUGUAAUUUUAAGUGCUAGACUUACACUUUAUGCACUAUAUAGGUUAAUAAAAUUAGCAUGGCCUUCCA